CCUAUGCCUGAGGAUGAGUACCUUUCUUAAGGAAGGAUUUCAGCUGGAAGCCUGAUGUCAGGAACAGUUUGAACCACUCUAAUUCAAGUUCAAGGACUGAAAUUCCCUGAUCCCCUGUCACACGAACCUAGACCUCAAAUUCACGUGGGCAUGAUUUAUGUUUUAUUUACUCUUAUCCAGAGGGCAUGAUACUUUAUGGUUAUAGCUCAAAAAAAGGAUGGCUUGCCAGAGCCCUAGCUGUGUGGGCUCUGGUCCUGGUCCUGUUUGCCCUGUGAGCUCGCAGACCAUAGCCACAUCCAAGCUGCUUAUGCUGCAUCUGCAUGUGUCUCAGACAAAACAACUCGGAGGGCAGGCUUCCUUCCUGGGUUCUCAGACCUUGUCUUAUGUUGUAGCUGUGUGGAACUCUUUGAUGCUUUUAUGAACAUGUGUAUGUUUUUAAAUAGUUUCGUUCAGCCUUUAUGGUCUUCUUUAGAGUUAAUUACCACCCCUGGAAUCCCUCAAGUCUCGGUGUCUGCCUCUGUUUCUGAUUCUACCCGCCCCCCCACAGACCCCUUACCUGAUGGAAUUUUGAUUGAAAUCAUUAUUGACUCUGUAGGUGAAUUUCGGGACAAUUGAUGUCUUUAUGACGUUAAGUUCUCUGAUUCACUGGACUAGAGAUGCAGCUCAGUGGCACAGAAACGGCCUAGCGCACACGAGGCCCAGGGUUCCAGCCCACUGCUCCCACUUCCCUCAUCAAUGGUUCUCCAACUCUAGGAUUUUUGUUGAAUUUUAGGCAAGUGAUCUACAACUGAGUUACACCCCAGUCCAAUUUUUAAAAAUUAAUUUUAAACAUGCAGUGAUCUGAAUUUAGCAACUGACCUCAAGAACAAAAUUAUAGCUGGGUCUGGCGGUGCACCCCUGUAAUCCCAGUGGCUCAGGAGGCUGAGGGAGAAGGAUCUCAAGUUCAAAGCCAGCCUCAGCAACUUAGUGGGCCCCUAAGCAACUUAGCAAGACCCUGUCUCAAAAUAAAAAAUAAAAAAGGGCUGGGGAUGUAGCUUGUGGUUAAGUAUCCUGGGUUCAAUCCCCAGUAUCCACCCCUCCAGAUUAUGUAUUCUCUCUCUUGUACAAAGAGGAGACAUUUAAUAUAUUUUAUCUCUUCCUUCUUUUUUCCUUCCCAUACUUUGUUCUUAUUUAAAAAUUUUAUUUUUAUGCCCCUUUUAUUCCAAGACUCCCCAUGAAUAUUUGUGUUGAACUUCACAGUCACAUUAUGAAGAAUUAUUUAAAUAAGUUUUUCAAUACCACAUUUUAAAGUCAUAUGCAUGUUUUCUCCUUCAUUUCCAUACUGUUUAAAUUUUUUCUAUUAUAAAUCAUAUUUUAUUGUUUCUCCUAAAAAUAACUUUUUUCUUUUUUUUUAUGUUACUGGAGAUUGAGCCAGGGCCCUGCUCCUGCUAAGCAUACUCUUUACUACUGACUGCAGAGCUACACCCCAGCCCUGGCACAGGGAGGAGCCCUGCUGCUCAGGGCACCGGCGGCAGGUAUGCUGGUGCUCUGAGGAGGCAAGCUUCUUUGCCUCUGUGGAGGCUGAGGGUAACCCUUCCUCCAGGGCUGAGCUGCCUCUGCAGACACCAGCAAGGGGCUCUCAGGAAGCUGCUGGUGGUCAGAUCUUCCAUUGCAAUCCUUUUGGACAAGGAAAGUCCCAGGGCUGCUGAAGGAGGUGGUAUGGGAGUCUCAGUCUUCACACCCAGAUGCAAACCUCCACUCACACCUGCUAUGAUAGUCUUACUGAUGGGACCCAUGUCCCAGGGUCCCCUCCCCAGUCUGAGACACCAGGAGAUCUGUCCCCUGCAACUCCUCCCUGUUGCCAUAGUGGCAUCAGCCUCUCCAGUUUCUGGUAAUUUCAUCAGGCUGCAUCAUGUUGCUAAGGCCAGAGAUAACAUCUCCCCAUGGGUCACCUUCCCUGCCGGGCCCCUGCGGCAGGACUCAGGGUCAGAGGAGGGACCCAGGGGUGUGGGAAGAACUGGGGAUGUGAGGAUCUGUCAGGCAGAAGCAGGUUGGCUGGACUGCUGGCAUAGUGUCUGGGAACACUACCAUUUGAUCCUGGGAUGCCAGGAAAAGAAGAGGGCAGGAGCUAGAGUGCAGUCUGGCAAGGCUGUUGAAGACUGCAGGUCUCCUGAUACCUCCAACUGAGCCUACUGAUAAACCUCCGGGCCUGUGUGCAGGGAGAGAUCCCCAAGGUCCUAGAGGACAGGUCCACCUUAACAGGACAGCCCUGGACAGGGCACUCAGGAUGCCAACUGCCCAGACCGCAGGCCAGGACCUUGAGCAAGGCACACACAGCAGACAGCCAGUACUGGAUUCCUCAUACCUUGUCUUCACCCAGCACCAUGAUCCAAGGUGCCCUGGAAGCUGGUGGACCCCUCUGGGGCUGGGACGGGGAUGGUGAUGAUGAUGGGGACAGUGCAGUGCUUGCUCUGCUGGCUGUAGCUGUGGUGGCUGCCACAGCACUGGCUUUGCACUGGUUUGGUUCAGGACAGGAUCAGGAGGUGGCAGGACCGAAGUACACAGCCCCAGAGAUCCAGUCUACUCAAGAAGCCAGGCUGGCUCUGCAUCCAGAGUACAAGGUCAGUGGUGGUAGCGAGGGAGACAGACGAAGGCAGGGGAAGUCACAUCCUCCAAGACUCAGCCAGGAGAGCCCUGCUACAUCUACAGCCCAGGACCGGGAGCCCCUUGUUGGCAGAGUUCUGGCUGCCACAGCUGAACUUCCACUCAGGACUCUUGGAGAUGCCACCAGCAGAGGAGCCUUGGGACAGCAGCAUGGUAACACCACCCCAGGAGCCCUGCGAGGUAAAGGAAGGGAGCCCCCCAGGUCAGACACUGUUCUCCUGGGUAGGAGCAAAGCUGCGGGGACACCUGCUCCCCUCCUGAUCCACUUCACCCUUCGGAGUCCUGGUGGCGAAGCAGAAUUGCAGGCGGGGGCAGGUGGUGCCAGUGCUAACGGGCCAGCUUGCCAGGUCCCCAUCCACACGCAGCAACAGGACAGCAGUCGCUGGCACCUGCCUGGCUCUCUGGGGACAGUCCGCCGCAGCCGGCGACCUGGGACCCAAGCUGUCUUAGGAGACAGAACCUGCCGCCCCUCAAAGCCCGACCCCCUCCGCCUGGGCGCCGCGGUGAGUGUGUGGAACGCUGUGGACGCUGUGGACUCGGCUUCCGCCGCCGCGAUGGACGCCCACGCCCGCAGCCCAGGCGCAGGCUCCGGGCUGUCCGCCUCAGCCCAGGGUCCCUCCCCGCAGACGCUGCCCCAGACCCGCGCCACGGAAACGGGUCCCGGGACGAACGGCUCUGAGCGCGGGCGCGAGAAGAGCAGCCCCCCGCCAGCCCCAGUCCACGCUCUGGGCUCCGGGGCCCAGGCCGGCGAGAGCGGCGAGACCCGCGCCCCCGCCCCCAGGGAGGCUCUGGGGGGCCGGGCCCCCGCGGAGGGCUGGUCCUGGGCGCGGAGGGCGGUCGUCGGCACCCGUGGCUUCGGCCUCGCCCUGGACUCGGCGGGCGGGUCGCUGGGGGGGCCGCCGUGGGGCCUCUCGCCGGCGGGGGUGCAGGCCGAGUCCUGCGGCGCACGUCUGGACCGCGCUGCGGGCCCGGCCGACGGCGGCCCCUCGCUCGACUCCGGGGUGGGCGGAGCGGAGAGGCCCGGGGACCGUCGCACCGGAGGAGGGAGGGAGUCUCAGCCCAGCCGGGGCAGGGAGCAGGCGGCCGGCGGCCCGGCUGCGGAGCUGGAGUCCCCGCGGACCCUGCACAGAGGGAGGCCAACUGCAGACGGCCACAGCCGCGCCCCCUCCACCAGUCGUCCAGCCACGAACCCGCCUCGCGGCCGGGGUCCGGGUCGGCCGUCCCCGGAGGCAGCUGGUUCUGCAGCCCCCGGCCCCUCUCCUUCAAACUCUCUGCCCCACGGAGUCAGCCGGGAGCCUUCUGAGGGCGAAAAUGGCAGCGCGGCGCCAGCCUCCUCGACAGCCCCAGUCCAGGUUUCCACUCCAGCUCCAACAGGGAUCCUCGCCCCUUCCCCACUCACAGCCCCCUCGCCUGCCACACUCCCAGCCUCAGCUUUGUCUCCAACCUUAGUCCCGCCCACAGCCUCAGCCUCCGCCUCAGCCCCAGCCUCAACCUUAUCCCCAUCUCCAACUUCGCCCCCAGCCCCAGCUUCAGUGAGUGGGUCAAGGCCUGCGUCUGGGGAGUCUAAAGUGGGUCUCUCCAGGAGCUACCAGGAAGGGCAAAUUUCAACUAGCUGGGGAAACCUUAUUACCAUGGUUCUUAGAAGCCACCCCUUUCCCAGGCAGGAGGAGCCCAGAGGAAGUGCCCCAAGGGCAGUGCCUGUGAGCCCUGCAGGCCCCAGCUCUUCCAUACAUUCUGCAGACAGACCUUCGGCUUCCCACUCGGAAGGGGCAAUCCCCCAUCUCCAGGGUAGGCACACAUCUUCUUUGGGGAUUGUCACACAGUCAGAGGGACUGGCUAAGGUUCUGUGUCAGGCACAGUCAAUGAGCUUUGAGACCAAUGGGGCUCCCACCCAUGACCCACCUUUAGGCCCCAAAGGAGAUGGAACCGAGGAGAAAAGUUUAGACUCACUGCCCUCAGCUGCAGUGCCCGGGGGUCCCUCACAGCCCUGUGUGCACAUGCAGCCUGGACCUGCACCAUCCUCUGCUAUGAAGUGGGAUCCUCAGCAUGUCCCCAGACCACGGAAACACAGCAUGUGUGAAAUAGCCAGGAGCUCUGAGCGCUUGGUUAGCCAGGUGGUCCCAGAGCAGCACCAGGGUGAAGUGCUCAGGGAGGGGGCCAGCCCUGCAGGCAGUAGGGAAGUCCUCACAGAGAAGCAGAAAGAGGCCCAAAAACUCAUGGUUUUUCUGCAGAGGCCUGGGCGUUGGAGGAUGGUUGAGGGGCCCCAGAAGCCCCACUCAUUGCCCUUGGAGCCUGCCGCAGCUGUUCCACGUCCCUUGCGGCUAGACCUGGGCAGCUGCCUGGAGGUGCUGGCCUUUGCCCAGCAGCGUGGGGAGCCUGGCCUAGCCCAGGAGACCUACACCUUGAUGAGCAACAACCUGCUGCACGUGCUGGGCGACCCAAACCUCUACCGGCAGUUGAGUGGGGCCGACCGGGAGCACAUCCUAAGCCUGCGGACGGGCCAGGGCCAGGCGGUGCUGGGAGUCCUCGUGCUGCCCAGACUCUACCAGGUGUGCCACUCAGGGCUCAAGAAGAGUUCUUAUGGCGAGGAGGUGCCUGCAGCUCAGCCUGCACCUCUGCCUCAUCCACCAUAUCUCCAUGUGUUCAACCCUCAAGAGAACAUUUGGCGGCCCCUGACCCAGGUGCCGGAGGAGGCCCCCCUCCGGGGCUGUGGUCUCUGCACCAUGCACAACUACCUGUUCCUGGCAGGUGGCAUCCGUGGCUCUGGUGCCAAGGCUGUCUGCUCCAAAGAGGUCUUCUGCUACAACCCUCUGACCAACAUUUGGAGUCAGGUUCGGCCCAUGCAGCAAGCCAGAGCCCAGCUCAAGCUGGUGGCCCUGGACGGGCUGCUGUAUGCCAUUGGGGGUGAGUGCCUGUACAGCAUGGAGCGCUACGACCCACGCACAGAUGCCUGGACCUUGCGUGCCCCCCUCCCAGCAGGCACCUUCCCUGUGGCCCAUGAGGCUGUGGCCUGCCGUGGGGACAUCUACGUCACAGGAGGUCACCUCUUCUACCGUCUGCUUAGAUACAGUCCUGUGAAGGACUCAUGGGAUGAAUGCCCUUAUAGUGCCAGCCACCGGCGCUCCAGUGACAUGGUGGCACUGGGGGGAUUUCUGUACCGCUUUGACCUGCUGCGGGGUGUGGGCGCUGCAGUGAUGCGCUACAACACGGUGACAGGUUCCUGGAGCCGUGCUGCCUCCCUGCCACUGCCUGACGCCGUCCCACUCCGCUGCACUGUGCUGGGCAACACCAUUUACUGCCUCAACCACCAGGUCACUGCCACCUUUGUAGUCUCCGAGGGGACUGCCCAGUUUCAGGCCAAGGAACUGCAGCCCUUUCCCCUGGGGAAUAAGGGGAUCCUCUGUCCAUUCAUCCUGACUCUGCCCCCUGAAGCCCAGCUGCAGACCUCACUCUGAAUGCCAGUAAAGAACUACACUCCAGGGAUACCCUUCAUCUGGGGUUCCAUGUGGGGCAUGGAGAGGGGCUGGGGUGAGAACUUCUGCUCCUGUUUCUGGGACACCUUUCCCUCUAUGUUUAUCUCCUGCUGUAAAGAUUGUCACUUAUUUCUGGAGUGAGAUCCCUUCCACCUCCCUCCUCUUGACUCAGGCCCCACACCCUGCUGGUUCCUGCCCCUGGUCCUUACCUGCUUUGGAUGCCUCAGCUUGCUCCCAGUCUCCCGUCUGCCUGGGGGACUCCUGGGCCCAGAGCCAAGGAAGGAGAUGGAUGGAAGCUUGUUUGUGCUCCCUGUGUUUGUCAAGGUAGAAGUGGAAGCAAAGAGGUCCCUGGGAGAUGCCCUUGCCUCUGGGACUUUGCCAUUCUGAGGCUUCUGAGGAGCCUUUUGACUCUUUCCUCCUGAGUCUGAUUGGGUGUGGAAACCUUGCCUGUGCAGCUGGGUCUGAGGCCCUGCACAGGGCCCUGCCUAGACCUGACAGGACUGCUUGGUUCCCUCUACAACCUGCAGGUCUCUCUGCCCGCAAGACUCUCAUCCCCCUUACCCAGAUCUCCCUCUAAAUAAGCCCCCUUUUAGCUGUGUGGACUCAAAACAAGAUGCCCCCCCCCAUUAACCUUGUCUAUAAAAGAGGCCUACUGGACACCUGUCUCUCAGGAGAGCUGUGAGAAUGUGAUCAACAAUGGGCCACCUAGCAGAGUGAAUGACAUGUUUUCUCUCCCUACCCACUUUGAAACCCACGUUAGCAGGUAAAUAAAUUUGAUCGAGUGCUGCUGCCUGUUCCAGCACCU